AUGCAUCAAAUUUCAAAUAAGGGAACGCAAACUCAAAUUGAAGACGACGCUUUACUUAGUACCUCUGCUUACUACGAUCCAGGACCAAGCACCUCUCCUUACAAUGAAGCAUUUCCUGGUAGUUCGUCUUAUGAAGCAGUACCCGGCCCCUCUGAUUACUAUGAUCCAGAACCGAGCACCGCUACUUACGAUGAAGCACUUCCCAGUACUUCUUAUGAAGCAGUGCCCAGUAACUCUCCUUACUACGAUCCAGGACCGAGCACCUCUGCUUACUAUGAUCCAGAACCGAACACUUCUGCUUACUACAAUCCAGGAUUGAACACCCCUUCAUAUGCAGCAGUACCCAGCACCUCUGCUUACUGUUAUCCAGGAUCCCGCACUUCUGCUUACCAUGCAGCGAUUCCCAGUAUCCCUACUUACAAUGUUGUAAUGCCCACUAUCCCUGCUUAUUAUACACCGGUAGCCAUCGCGCCUGUUUAUUACCAACCAGUACCCAUCAUUCCUGUUUAUUACCAACCGGUACUCAUCGCCCCUGUUUAUUACCAACCGGUACCCAUCACCCCUGCUUAUUAUGAACCGGAACCUACCACCUCUGGUUAUUAUGAACCGGAACCAGAACCUUUCACCUCUGGUGAUUAUGAAUCGGAACCAGAACCUACCGCCUCUGGUCAUUAUGAACCGGAACCAGAACCUACCACCUCUGCUUAUGAACCUGAACCUACCACCUCUGCUUAUGACGAAUCGGAACCAGAACCUACCACCUCUGGUUAUUAUGAACCGGAUCCAGAACCUACCACCUCUGAUUACUAUGAACCGGAACCAGAACCUACCACCUCUGCUUAUUAUGGACCGGAACCAGAACCUACCACCUCUGAUUAUUACGAACCGGAACCACAACCUACCACCUCUGCUUAUUAUGAAACGGAACCCGAACCUACCACCUCUGGUUAUUACGACCCGGAACCAGAACCUUUCAUCUCUGGUGAUUACGAACCGGAACCAGAACCUACCGCCUCUGCUUAUUAUGAAACGGAACCAGAACCUACCACCUCUGGUUAUUACGAACCGGAACCAGAACCUUUCACCUCUGGUGAUUAUGAACCGGAACCAGAACCUACCGCCUCUGGUGAUUAUGAACCGAAACCAGAACCUAUCGGCUCUGGUGAUUAUGAACCGGAACCAGAACCUACCACCUCUGCUUAUUAUGAACCGGACUCUGACAUUCCUGAUUAUUACGAACCGGCAGCCAACAACCCUGUCUGCUACGAUCCGAUACCCAACACCUACGGUUACUUCGAAGCAGUACCUGGUAGUUCAUUUGGUGACGCAAUAGAGCCGAGUAGAUUAAAUGUAUACCCUAAUCCGUAUAAAACCGCCGUACCGCCUACCAUGGAAAACUGGCCCGACUAUAAAUAUGUUCCAAAGAGACCUAACUCUGUGCAGUUUUCGGACCGCCUGAUUAGAGACGUAAGUUGA